GGCCUGGCGGAGGUGAGGGGGCGCUGAUGGCAAGUGUGGGCGCAGAAUGUUGUGAGGGUCUAUGCUUUUAGGAAAGAUAGUCGGCGGACAAUUCUCCCGUUGGUUAUUUUUAAAGGGGGGUUGAUCUCCCAUCGUCAAUUGCGAUGCAAUCCUCUGACUUUCUCGGCUAGCGGCCUUGUGUGCAUGCUGCAUAGGACUCCUUGCUUUUGUGCAAUUCUCGCUGACGACUGUAACACAGUGGUUAUUGUGAUCCUUUGACUUUGUCUGGAAUGCCAUACAUCUAUCUCCUUUGAAUCUUUAUCAUCUUGAUCAAACAUCCUCAUAGCACAGUGUGUUAUUACAGUCACCAUGGCGGACUCCAUUAAGCGAGCGCUCUCGCGCGAUGCGAAAUCACAACAUACAGCUGACAAUGACGCCCCCGCCGAGGUUGGGGAUAUGGAGCUCCUGGCGACGCUGGGUUACAAGCAGGAACUGCGCCGUCAUUAUUCCACGGUCCAAAUUUUCGCUGUUGCCUUUAGUAUCAUGGGUCUUUUGCCAUCUAUUGCAUCAACAUUGGCCUUUUCAAUGCCCGCAGGACCAGUGGGCAUGGUUUGGGGUACGCAACGAUUCUACUCCCGUUGGCUGGUUGCGAGUGUCUUCAUUUUCAUUGUCAGUCUGGCUAUGGCUGAUAUUGCAUCUGCCAUGCCCACUGCCGGUGGUCUAUACUUUUGGACCCACCACUUCGCCGCUGAGAAAUGGAAGAACCCGCUGAGCUUCGUUGUCGGAUAUAGCAACACGAUCGGUCUCAUUGGUGGUAUCUGUUCAAUUGAUUACGGAUUCGCCAAUAUGCUCCUCUCAAUGGUCUCGAUCGCCCGCGACGGCACCUGGACCGCAACACGUCCUGUUAUCUACGGCACAUACGUAGCAACCGUAUUCGCCCACGGCGUGAUGGCCAUAUUCGGCGGUAGAAUCAUGCCAAGAAUACAAUCAAUCUGCAUCUUCCUCAAUGUCGGCCUCGUUGUAGCAACAGCCAUUGCCCUGCCCGUGGGCAAAGCCCACAACGACCCUCCGAUUAACUCGGCUUCCUACGUCUUCGGUGAUGUCGAGAACUUGACUACCUGGCCGACGGGUUGGGCGUUUAUGUUGGCGUGGCUGUCGCCGAUUUGGACGAUUGGCGCGUUUGAUUCGUGCGUGCAUAUGAGUGAAGAGGCUACUCAUGCGGCUCGUGCAGUGCCCUUGGGUAUUAUUGCGUCGACAGGGUUAUGUGGGAUUCUGGGAUUUUUGUCGAUGGCUGUUAUUGCAGCUGGGAUGAAGCAGGAUAUUGAGGGUAUUUUGGGUUCAAACUUUGGCCAGCCCAUGGCUCAGAUUUACUACGAUGCCCUCGGCAAGAACGGUGCUCUCGGCUUUAUGGCUGUAGUCAUGACCGUUCAGUUCUUCAUGGGACUGAGCAUCGUCCUCGCCGCAUCCCGUCAAAGUUGGGCCUUUUCCCGCGACGGCGCCCUUCCUUUCUCCUCUUUCUUCCGCAAAGUCAGCUUACGCCCGCUGACCCGCUACCAACCCGUCCGCAUGGUCUGCGGCAUCAUUGGUGCCUCAGCUAUCAUCGGCCUGCUCUCCCUCAUCGACAACGCUGCCGCAAACGCAUUGUUUUCUCUCGCCGUGGCUGCAAAUGACCUCGCUUGGUUAACACCGAUCCUGGCACGGCUACUUUGGGGACAGGAUAAGUUUGUGCCGGGAGAGUUUUAUACGGGAAAGUAUUUGAGUAAACCCAUUGCGUGGACGGCUGUUAUAUACAUGACUUUUGCUAUUUUGUUAUGCAUGUUUCCGACUGGAGGGCCGAAUCCGUCUGUUGAGAAUAUGAAUUACACCGUUGUAAUCAACGGGGCACUUUGGUUGGGUUCUUUGUUGUAUUACUGUAUCCAUGCAAAGAAGACGUUCAAGGGGCCGCAGACUACUGUUUCGCCUGAAGAAGAGGGCAAACACCUGGAGGCGAUAGCUGCUGCAGGAGACUCGGAGAAGAGUUGA